AUGGAUGCCAAACAUCAGAGUCGGAGGGUCCUGAUGCUGCCAUGGUUGGGUCAUGGCCACAUAUCACCAUUCUUGGAGCUAGCUAAGAAACUUGCACAGAGAAAUUUCUACAUAUAUCUCUGUUCUACACCCAUCAAUCUAAAGCCCCUUAGGGACAACCUCUGUCAUCGUGGCAGCACCAUCUCUUCAAUACAGCUCAUAGAUAUCCACCUUCCUAGUUCUUCAGAAUUGCCUUCUCACUACCACACCACUAAAGACCUCCCACCCCAUCUCAUGUCCACCCUCAAGGCUGCCUUCGAUGCCGCCAGACCCGCCUUCUGUGACAUCCUCAAGACCAUCAAGCCCAGCCUGGUUAUCUAUGAUUAUCUACAACCAUGGGCAUCCAUGGCUGCGUGUGAAGAGAACAUCCGUGCAAUUGUUUUCUUGAGCUCAGGGGCCGCAUGUUGUUCUUUCUACUGUCACGGUAGUCUAGAUAAUCCUGGUGAGAAGUACCCUUUUCCAGCCUUAUGUUUCCCAGAAAUUGAACGCCGGAAAAUCACCCAGUUCCUGCACUACACUGCUAAUGGUCUCACAAACAUGGAAAGGUUCCGAGGAUCCAUGGCAAGGUCUUCGAACAUAGUGCUGAUCAAGACAUCAAAGGAGAUUGAAGCCAAGUAUAUAGACUAUCUUUCUGUUUUAGUGGGGAAGACGAUAAUACCAGUGGGGCCACUUGUUCAGGAUGCUGCAAACAGAGAUGAUGAUACAGUGAUCAUGGACUGGCUGAGCAAGAAGAAUCCUUUUUCAGUUGUGUUUGUUUCCUUUGGAACCGAGUACUUCCUUUCCGUGGAAGAAAUAGAAGAGAUAGCUCAUGGGCUAGAGCUCAGCACUGUUGGUUUCUUAUGGGUCGUGAGGUUUCAUGGGGGAGAUGAGAAAACUAUUCAUGAGGUCUUACCAGAAGGCUUUUUGCAGAGAAUUGGAGAGAGGGGCAUGGUGGUGGAAGGGUGGGCUCCUCAGGCAAAGAUACUGUGCCAUUCAAGCAUUGGAGGGUUUGUGAGCCACUGUGGUUGGAGCUCAACACUAGAGGCAAUCAUGUUUGGUGUUCCAAUCAUCGCAACCCCGAUGCAUCUUGAUCAACCCUUGAAUGCUAAGUUGGUGGUGGAUAUUGGUGUUGGCAUGGAGGUGAAGAGAGUGAAUGAGAGACUUGACAACAAAGAGGUGGCAAGAGUGAUUAAAAAGGCGGUGGUGGAAGAGGAAGGGAAAGAAUUGAGGAGGAAAGCUAAAGAACUAGCAGAAAGGUUGAGAGACAAGGAAGAAGAAGAGAUGGAUGUGGUGGUGGAGGAGCUGGUACUGCUUGUUGGAGAACCAGAACUUGUAGCCCAGUAA